GGCAAAAAAUAUCGAUGUUCUUGGCGCUUUUGCGAGGCCCGCAUUGGUCAACGGCAUGCCGGAUUAUUGGUAUAACAACAUGGGUUUCAAAGAGGAAGUGUUCUCAGGAGACGGCGCUUACCUUGUCCGUACGUGGAUCCACGGCGAGGAAGCAAGCCCUUGAGACAAAUGAAGACGACGGUGGGCGUCAAGCAGUAGCGGGUGCUGAGCUCUUGACAUUUACGACUUCAUGAAUCUUGCGAAUCGGUCUGGCAUGGCAAGUAGUUUUGCUACAUCGCCUUCUCCUUGGGUUGCUCAAAAGGCUUCUUUUAUAAUGCUGUUUGUUUCAUGUUACUCCUUUGUCUGUUUGCAUUGCGACCGGAGUUGUACGAUUGAGGAAGCGCCGUCACCAUGGAUAACUUGGCAAGACAAGUUUCGAGGUACACGAGGGGUUUCUGUCGUUAUGAAGGAAAACUCCUUCAGAUUCUGGUACGUCGGCGCGACGAAUGCCGUUGGCGCUCAUCGGGCUCUUGGAGCGUGCUGGGACUGCGGCUUUGCGAGGCAGAUGCAUGAGGUUUCGGUCUUUUUCUUGUUUCCUCUUUUUAUUUUCAUUUUUCUGCAUUCAUACGCCGAGGAAGCAGGCGAUGGUGGCGUUUGGGUGCGAUGGAUGCAAGUCGUGACUCUUUUAUCUUCCUUUUCAGGUCGUCUUGGUCAUGAAAUGGGUGCAGCGGAGCUAGCCCAACGGUAUCCAGCAUGGUUGGAAGGAUGUCAUUGCUUUGGCGGGAACCGAAGUUUUCCAGAAUUUUCCUCUGGCGGAGCGAGGAUGGUUUGGAUUGGGAUCCGGCUUGGGCUUUGCGGCGUUAUUUACUUUUCUUUUCAUUUUGUUUUGUAAGGAGUGGUUAGCGAGUGGUUGUUUCCGCCAGACACUGGACUGAGCAAUGGCGGGUGGAAUCAGUCGUUAUGAUGGAUGCAGGAAGGAAAACAUACUAAAAUACCCAUGGACGUUGCGAUUUUCACCGAUAGACGGUAGGCAUGAUUGGCCUAGGGAAGUCUCUCAUGGCUUUCAAGAUAUUUUAGGUAGUCGGUUGUAAAACAAAAUUGUACAGCAUUACUUCU